GUCAUUGCUGGCAAUCAUUCCCUCCCCUCCGGAGGUCCGCUCCCACCUCGGGCCAGUCAGCCACCCUCGGGACCCCAGGGACCCCACUUUAAAUCCCCUGCUGCCGGAAGGGGCCCGGCGCAAGGGCAAGGCCGAGGAGAGAGCAGCGGCCUCAGCCCAAGAGCACGAACCAGGACUUUCCAGAGGCGGGGCCAGGAGCCCGGCAAAGAGAGAAAGAGCGAUGGCGCGCCCUCUCCCCGGAACCCCCCGUCCGGCCCUCCUGCCAAGGCUGCUCCCUCUCCUUCUCCCGCUGCUGUUCGGGGCCACCCUGGAGGCCGGAAUCCCCGACGGCGAGCACCCGCUGCCCCGGCGCCAGCUAGAAGAUUUCCCCAAGACCCGGGUCCCCGGGGGCGAGGAGCAAUACUGCAACGUGAUGAUGGUGCAGAGGCGCGUGGUGCAGCCCGACGGCCACUGCCAGGGCACCGGCACCUUCUUCCACGCGCCCCUGGACUCGAUCCGCCCCUCCAUGCCCUGCCGGGGCUCCACCGGCGGCCACUGCUUUCAGAGUGAGGAGUACAUGUCCACCGAGUGUGUUCUCAUGCACGGGAUCAGCUUCCCGCGCUGCCGCUAUCUGAGCAUCCCCCGCCGGGGCAGGAUCACCAUCAGCAGCUGAGCUGCCGCCCGGGAGUCGGGGCGGGGGGCGCCGAGACCUCCCGUCUGCGCCCCAUUCCCUCCUACGGCUCUCCCCAUCGAUCCCGAGCCAAAGUCAUUAGCACCUCCCCUCACGGUCGUCACAACUACAUUUCUCCUUCGUAAAAAUAUCUUCAUCUCCUUUUCCCUAGUCUCUCUUUCUCUCACACACACACACUAUCACACACCCCCAGACGCAUGAACAUAGACGUGAACUCUCACUCACAUAGAUUCUCUCCUAAGGAAGAGCUUUGGAUCUCUCCUCCCUUCUGUAGGUCCCUGUAGCGGGGAGGGAGGGAAAAGAGAGAAGGGGGCCGGCGCUGGGAACCUUCCCUCCCUGGAAUGUGUUGUUGAAUUUCUCAACCUUCUUUGGAAUAAACAUUGACUUCCCCAGGGCU